AUGAAAGAAAGUCAACACAUUGAAGUUGCUCUUACUAGGCAAACAGAGCAAGCUCACAAUCUUUAUAGAGUUAGGUUAACUGCUUCAGUUGAUUGCAUACGAUUUUUGUUACGCCAAGGGUUAGCUUUUAGUGGGCAUAAUGAAUCUGAAAGUUCAUUUAAUCAAGGUAAUUUUCUUGAACUUUUGAAAUUCGUUGCAGAUCAUAACGAAGAGAUAAAGAAUGUAGUUUUACAAAAUGCUCCGGAAAAUAAUCAAUUAACUUCUCCUGAAAUUCAAAAAGAUAUUGUGAAUGCUGCUAGUCUUGAGACUACAAAUGCCAUAUUGAAUGAACUUGGAGAUGAAGUGUUUGCCAUAUUAGUUGAUGAAUCACGCAAUAUAUCAGAUAAAGAACAAAUGGCUAUUUCUUUACAUUAUGUAAAUUUGAGAGGCAUUGUUGUUGAACGUUUUAUUGGGAUUGUUUAUGUUGGUGAUACUUCUUCCCUGUCACUCAAAAAAGCUAUAGAAUCAUUACUUUCAUAUUAUGGAUUGAGUAUAGCUAGAAUUAGAGGACAAGGAUAUGAUGGUGCAAGUAAUAUGCGAGGAGAGUUUAACGGGCUCAAAAGUUUGAUUUUGAAAGAUAAUCCUUUUGCAUAUUAUGUUCAUUGUUUUGUACAUCAACUGCAGCUUACUAUUGUUGCAGUAGCAAAAAAUCAUCUCCAAGUUUCUUCUCUCUUUAAUUUGGUUGCUAUUGUAGUUAAAGUAGUUGGAGAUUCAUGUAAAAGACAAGAUAUCUUUCGAGAGAAACGAAUGGUUGAAGUUAAAAAAGCACUUGGAAAUGGAGAAAUUUUCAGUGGUCGUGGCUUAAAUCAAGAAUCUGGGCUCAAAAAUGCUGGUGAUACUCGUUGGGGUUCACAUUAUGGCACAUUGAUGAGUUUAAUUGUGUAUUUUUCUACUGUUCUUGAUGUUUUAGAAUAUGUAGUGGAAGAUGGUUCUCAUUCAGAACAAAAGGCUGAAGCUGCUGGUCUUUUGGAUUCUUUAGAAACAUUUGAUUUUGCUUUCACUUUGCAUUUACUGAAGAGCAUUUUGGGUGUUACAAAUGAACUUUCCUAG